CAAUUUUUGAAACACAAAGAGGAAAGAGAGAGUAGCAGCGAGGAGAGUAAGAGAGAGAGAGAUCGACGUCCCUUUAUGAAAGUUGUUGCUGUUGGAAAAUGCCUUCCUCUACUAAACCAAAAACUGAGACCUCUAAUGAGGUCCAAGACCCUCUCAGACAAGCGCUCAGCUUAGUCGAGAAGAAAGUCCGCAAUCUGGAAAAGCGUAAACUGAAGUUGGAUAUGUACAAAGUAAAACUUGCUGAAGGUGUUUCUUUGGAGAAGGACCAACUGGAAGCAAUUAACAAGUAUGGUGAUGUUGCUUGUAACUUGGAAUUUGCAAAGGAAUUGCUUAAACAAUUUAUGGCCCUUACUCAGGAUGCUGAAAAGCUCUUGAAGAAACAGAUGAAGAAAGAACGAGCUGAUAGAAUUUUAAAUGAACAUAAACGGCUGAAACAGGUGUUGUUGAUCCAAAACUUGUUGGACAGUUUUGGAAUGGAGCAGGUUCGCAAUGAUUUCCGAAAUGGCUGGCAUUCAGCAGUUGUUCUGACUGAAGAGAAUCUGACUCAGCUGGAUAAUAUAUACAAACAUAUAAGUCCAUCUCGAGAUAAUCAACAGGAUUUUAUUACUGCUUCUGAACAUUUAUGUAGCUUAUUGGAUGGCAAAGACAAAGCUGUUCUUGGCACCACUUAUAAAGAAUUAAAGAAGCUGAUAGAUUUAAUUCUUGCGUGUGGCUACUUUGAAAAUGCUCCUCGUUAUGACGCCAAUGGACCUUCAACAGAAGCUCCUGUUGCUGAAAAAUCCAGUGAAAAACCCGCGGAAGAACCAGCUACAGUUGUUCCUGUUGAAGUGAACCCAGCUGAGCUGAAGCAACACACAGAGGAAGUUGUAGCCCCAAAACUGGAACCUGAGAAACAGCCCGAAGUCAUACUAGAACCAGUGGACAACAGGAAAAACAAUACAAGACUGGAAAAUCACAUUGAUAACGAUUCUUCUUUCUUCACGACUGGCUCUUCUUUUCCACGUCAUCGUCCUUUCCAAGAAAUUGUUUCUUCUGUACAAGGAAGUUUUAACUUCUUGCAGGAAUCUACCAUAGAUUUAGAUUCUCCACAACAUAUGGACCCCGCGGUAGUAGCUGCUCACCCGAUGCCAGCAGUCCGACAUGCACCAAAUACAUCGGUAGAUGUUAACAGUCUCACUCAGGCAGGAUUUGUUGCUCCUGGCUACGACCAAACUGCUGCUGCUGUCGCAGCAGUUGCUGCUGCACAAUCUCAACAACAACAACAACAACAACAACAGCCGCAGCAGCAGCAACCCCCACAUCAACCAGCACCACCACCACCACCCCCAUCAACAACUGUGCCUGCUUCACAUCAUCCAGUGAUUAAGUCUACACCUCAGCCAACUGUGCAACAUGUGCAACAAGCACUUCCACCAUCAGUGCAACCUAAUUCAGCAGUGACAUUGGAUGUUGCAUCUGCUAAUCCAGCUCAGGCCCAUGCUACAGCUCUCUUAUCGACUACGCCUGCUGCUGCUGCUGCCGCUGCCAAUGUGGUCAGCCAACAACUGGACUACUCGAACCAAGCAUUCACUCAGAAUGCAAUUUCUCAAAAUUUAUCCACCGAUUCUUUAUUCCAUUCGGUGGAAGACUGCCCACCCACUCACUCUAUGAUUGGCCAAUCUGUAAACGAUACUUCUGUACCUGCAUUUGAAAUUCCGACCAUUCCCUUGCCAAACCAAACACAAUUAACAGAUGGAGCUAUCAGUCCUUUUGUGAAGAAACGUUAUUAUUUCCAGGAUGCCAGCUCCCAGUCUCACGCUGUUAAAAAAAUUACCAACUUAAAUGCCAAUGCAGCCGUAUUCCAAUCUAUGAAUGCCAAUGCAGCUGUGUUCCAGCCACAACAUACAGACGCCACCCCGAAUAAUGAAGUGAAGAGUCAGUUAUCACCUCAACCUACAGAUUACAAUCAGGGAAACAGUUAUUCUCCUGGAUAUUUCCCAAGAGGAAGCUUUCAGAAUCGUAAUUACCGUGGUAACAGAGGCAGUCGAAGUGGUUUAAACAAUGGCUUCAAUCGGAACAGUAGUGGUAGUAGUAGUGGAGGAAGUGGCGGUGGUGGUGGUGGCAACCGAGGAGCUUACACCAGGAGCAAUUACUCGGCUUUCUCCAGUGGCCGUGAGUACCGGACAGCUGACAAUUAUGGCGCUGCAUUGAAUGGUACAUCGUUUGGAAGUGGCUUCACCAAACGCAGCAGUGCCAGUCCGGGAAGCACUGGAAAUACAUCAAGUAUCGCUCGCACUGGAACCGGCAGUAGUGGGACCAGUGGAAAUGGGGGCAGUAUGCGAGGUGGUGGCACAGGAGCUGGCGGAGGUGUGUGCGGUGAGGAGCUCAUCUAAAAACACUCUCUUCCAUUCCGUUGAUAUUAAUUCUGUAAUUUGAUGAUAAAUGUUUUUCUGUUUGGAAUUAUUACUAUUAAGACAGCGAGCUUGCAAAACCAUUGACACACUGGGCAAAAUGCUUUCUGAGUUUGAAUUCUGCUGAGGCCAACUUUGCCUUUCAACAUUUCAGGGUUGAUAAAAUAAGUACCAGUCAUGUACUGGGUCAAUGUAAUUGACUGGCCCCUUCCCUCAAAUUUCAGGCCUUGUGCCUAUAGUAGAAAGGAUUAUUAUUAAGGCAAUCAUUAGUAGUGUGGUGAACAACAAUUGGCAGCAUUUAGUCCCAUCACUUUAACAUCAAUUGUUCAAAUACCAGUGACAUCUACUUUACUUUUGAAAAUUCAGGGAUCAAAAUUAGUACCUGUCUAGUACUAAUGUUGCUAUAACUGACUUAUAUGUAUAU